GGGAAAAAAGAGUGGUUGAAGAAUGAGGUGCCAUCCUCCAGGCUGGUAUCACCACGGUGCUGACCAUGACCACGCUGAGCACAGUGGCCAGGAACUCGCUGCCCAGAGUGUCCUACGUGACGGCCAUGGACCUGUUCGUCACCGUCUGCUUCCUGUUCGUCUUCGCCGCCAUGAUCGAGUACGCCAUGCUCAACUACUGCGCCUACAGUCUACGCACACCUCCUGCCAAGACACAGAGAAUGGUCUACUCAUCUUUCAACAUGGGUCACGCGCCUCGCUCCAUGAUGCCCAUGGGCAACUCUCUGUUCUGGCAGGAGUACGACGACAACUGCCUGUACGAGUGCCUCGACGGGAAGGACUGCAAGAGCUUCUUCUGCUGCUACGAGGAGUGUAAAGAAGGCGGCUGGAGGAAAGGACGCGUCCACGUCAACAUCGGGGAGCUGGACGCCUACUCUCGGGUUUUCUUCCCCACCUCCUUCCUGCUCUUCAACAUAGUCUACUGGGUCAGCUACCUCUACCUCUAGUGGGUCUCGGGCUGCGACACGUUGGGCUCAAAGCGCCACGGUCCACUUUGCACCGCGGCCCGAGAUUUAAACGGUGGAUUACGAAAGACAAGCCGCGAGAUAUACGCGUGUGCUGUGGAGGCCGUGAUACUUUGAGCGGUGACGCUCCGAGGAGAUAUAAACGCUCGACUGUAGAUCAGCAAGCCGCCAGCAUUAACUUGAAUGGUCCCGUUUAUGGCUCUCUCAGAAACCAGACGACAGACAGCUGUGGCUUCAGAGACGCGCGGGGACGGGGUGCGUCGCUCCGUCUCGGUCAUCGAGAUGGCGAAGCACCCAUAGUGCCUUCUUUAGAAAGGGUGCGGCACCCAGAGACCCUGCUUCAAAGCUCAUUAUCUUCAGGCAGCGGAGGUUGAAGGGAUGGCUUUGGCAUUACAACAUAAACCCCUUUGCUACAAGGGGCAGAAAUCAAUCUCAAUAAAUAACACUUCCUGUAAAUUGGCUCCUCUGCGUCCUCAUCUGGAGCGCUGGAGGAAAUGGAAGGCGUUUCUAUGAUAGAAUAAAAAGGGGACGUAUUGGAGGGCAUUUCACCAAAAACACUCAAUCAAUUAAACUAAUACUGGUGGGAGUAGGAGAAGCUAAAAUGUCAUGAAGUGUGACGUUUUGCUUCUCUCUCGCCUCCUUAGCCAGCCUUCAAUCGUCGCUGUUUGAAUCCCUAUAACCUCACACACCACCCGCCCGCCGCAUGCUGAGCUGUCUAUUCUUUGAUGAGCCUGGAACACCACUGGAGAUGUUUAAAACUAACACUCACUUUUAGUUAACCCUUAGAAUUAGUUUCUUAGAAUAGCAACCUUUUUCUUCUUCUUAUAAUUAUCCUUAUAAUUCAAAUGAGUUGUAUUUUUCACACCUCGCUCAGCCAUCACCUGUUAGUGGUUGUCUGGUGAUGCUUUGAGUGACAGCCAUGCAGUUUACAGUAGAUGCCAAGAAGAUUUGUGUGUUUUAUAAGAAAUGCUGGGUUACAUUCUUACACACAAUGUAGAAGUAAAUACAUACCAAUCUAAUACUUAACAUGCUAAUCUCAUACACAGGCAUGACAUGUAUGUUACAGUAUAUGAAUAAACAGAUUAGGGUUAGAGCAGUCUGACGACAGAUAUAGGAAAACACUUUUCCUUAUUUACAUACUCAACGAUGUGGUAUUAUUAUCAGCGAGGCCUCUGGAUAGUUUAAAGGGAAAGUUCAACAUUUGUUUAACAUAAAUUCUCAAUUAGUAGCCAGAACCUUUUUGGCUCAGAAGCUUUUAUUUAGAGAUGAACACCUCCAUAAGAGACUUGAAAGUGAAGUGAAGUUCCCCAUGCAACACGUUCCUCAUAAAGCCCAUUCCCACAGCAAGAGCCACUUUGGCCUGUUCCCAAAUCAAGCUCAACUCUACAUACAUUAUUUUUACAUUGAAAUUGUUGCAGCCGUGUUGGUUUAUGGGUAAAAGCCACCCAGCAGGACCUCUACAGUUUGACACGGUGACUUCAGCUGGUUGAAUGAAACCAAAGGAAACUGUCCCACUUUGGACUUCACAUUAAAACAAGAGAUAUGUUACUGAGUGAGCUUUAGGCACACUAUGCUGUAUCUGGCUUCGUAUCCAUCUUAUUCUCUGCAACUAAGCAAGUGAACUUAGUACACAACAAAUGUAGAACUUUUCCAGUAGGCCAUAUCCUAAAGCACAUACACGUGACGUAUUGGUGUUUCAUUGCAGUUUCAAACGUAGAGCUUGAGUGCAUAACGUUUGGAGUAUUCCUGAGAGCCUCAUGGCUGGAGUACGACGGUGCUGUAAAAUGACUUCUGUAUAUCGUGAUACUUCAUACUGUACACGCAGUGGCAAAUGGACGUCCCACACCCCCUCCUCUAACAUGUGAAACGGAUGCUACACGUGGAGGUACGGAAACACCACAGGGACGGUAAACGGCUCUUGAAGCGUUAUGGUUUUGUUUACUGUUCUAUGGUGUUUUUUGCAGUUGUUUGGCUUUGUAGAACAAUCAAACCCCACUUUUCCCUUUCCCCCCAACGCACACACACACACACACUUUUCCCCUGGUAUUUAUAUGUUGAGAGAAAAGCUUUUAUGUAAGAUGUAUCUAAUUAAUGUUUCUAUUUUCAUACAGUUAUAUAUGGAAUGUAAGUUAGGCCAGUAGCGAGGCCGGAGUCAAUCUGGUUCCAGUUCAGUCAGUUCAAGCAGCCUGAAUGAGCUCAUAUUUAGGGGUCCUAUAUAUUCAUGAGGCCGGCAGACAUAUUUGAGGCCUGUCUAAGACUUUGUUAGAACAAUAGAGUGCUGUAGGGAUGACAUACUUGGAAAAUGAACAACAAAACAAUGGGAUUGCUCCAGAUUUAUUCAGAAAAUAAGCUCUGCGGUAAACCAAAGUUAUGCAGAAAAUGCUCAUUCCUGUGUUUUAGGAAUACUCUGGAGACUAGCUCAUAGCAGACAGUGUAGUUGCAUUAGUCAUUUACAUCUAUGUAUCUUUAUGAACUGGCUGAAUUGAACACAGCUUGGCCCACACCACAGUAAAGUGUCCUCACCUCUGAUAUUUCUACUACACUUUAUAAGUGUCUUAGUCCGUUGAGAUACUUCAAUAAAACAAAAUCACUAUUUUCUACGUCUUAAUGAAAAUCACCUGUUUGUUUCAGCUGUAUUUAUAAAGCCUCUUUACAAUCAGAGUACUAACCCACGAUCAGAGCAUCAUUCACUCGCUGAAAGCCUCUUCCGGAGACCUCCCCACCCCCAUUACAGCGUGCCGGCUCCAAAGCAGAGCGCCGGCCACACAUCAUGCAU